CGAGCCCGGGCCGCCCGGAGGGGGCGGGGAGCAGAAGAGGCGGAGCCCAGCCGCGGACGGGCCCCCCCCCCCACGGCCGCCGCCGCCACCUCCUCCGCGGCUGUCGUCGUCGUCGACGCUCGCUUCGGUGGGAAGGAGGCGCCGCUCCUCUCGGCGGCCCAUCGGUGCCUUCGGGCGGGCGCGCGCGCGCUCCUCUCUCUCGCUCUCUCACGCCCCGGCUGAAGGGAAGGAAGGAAGACGGGAGGCUGCGUUAUUUUUUGCAGUUGUGGUAAAGAGACAUCUUUUGAGCUGGAAUCCCUCAAAUAACCUUUAAAGAUGAAGGCAGCGGAUGAGCCUGCCUACCUGACAGUGGGGACAGAUGUCAGUGCCAAGUACCGGGGUGCCUUCUGCGAGGCAAAAAUUAAGACUGUGAAGAGGCUGGUGAAAGUCAAGGUGGCUUUAAAACAAGAUAAUUCAAUGCAGUUAGUGCAAGAUGACCAAGUGAAAGGACCUUUAAGGGUUGGUGCAAUCGUUGAAACCAAGAUGCCUGAUGGAUCCUUUCAAGAAGCCAUUAUCAGCAAACUGACAGAUGCCAGCUGGUAUACUGUAGUUUUCGACGACGGUGAUGAGAGGACGUUAAGACGGACGUCGUUGUGUUUGAAAGGAGAGAGGCACUUUGCGGAAAGUGAGACGCUUGAUCAGCUGCCACUAACAAACCCAGAGCACUUUGGAACACCAGUGAUUGGGAAGAAAUCCAGCAGAGGACGGAGAUCCUCUCUUCCCGUUAACGAAGAUGAAAAAGAAGAGGAAAGUAGCGAAGAGGAGGACGACGAUAAGAGACGCCUUAAUGAUGAAUUACUUGGCAAGGUUGUCAGCGUGACGUCUAGCCCUGACAAGACAGACUGGUAUCCGGCUUUGGUCUUAUCCCCCAGCUGCAGCGAUGAGAUAGCGGUGAAGAAGGACCAGUGUUUAGUCCGGUCUUUUGCAGAUUCCAAAUUCUAUUCGGUAGCAAGAAAGGACAUUGAGGAAUUAGACAUCCUGAACAUUACAAAAUCCGAGCUGUCUUCUGCAAAAGGGUUGCAAGCAGCAAGCUCCUUCUUCAGCCUGAAAGUCAUACCCGCCAACUGGAAGAUGGACAUGCGCGAGAUCUUGGAAUCAUCCAGCAGCGACGAAGAGGAGGGAGGCGAGGCGGGGAGCGACGAAGAGAAAGACAAGGCGGAGCAUAAAGAGGAAGAGGCGGUGCCCGAGGAAGAGCCUGAUCCUGAAGAGAGGGACAACUUCCUGCAGCAGCUCUACAAGUUUAUGGAAGACAGAGGUACUCCUAUCAACAAACCUCCCGUGUUAGGCUACAAGGAUCUUAACCUCUUCAAACUUUUCAGGCUUGUGUUUCAGCAGGGCGGAUGUGACAAGAUCGACAGCGGUGCUGUAUGGAAGCAAAUUUAUAUGGACCUUGGCAUUCCUAUUUUGAAUUCAGCUGCUUCCUACAAUGUAAAAACCGCGUAUAGAAAGUAUCUUUAUGGUUUCGAGGAGUACUGCCGCUCUGCCAGCAUUCAGUUCAGGACGAUCCACCACAAUGACCCCAAAGUAAUAGAAGUGGUGCAGAAGCCAGAAGAGCCCAUGGAGGAGGAGACCGUGAAGGAAGAGCCCGAGAUGUCCCCCGCAGAGGUUCUGAACGAAGUGGAGGAAAACGAGUGCAGCAGCGAAAGCGAGAAAGAAGAAGAAAUCGAACAGAUGUCCCCUCGGGGGCGAAGGAGGCUCAUUCGUGACGUCGCUGCCGCGAAGAAGGAAAGCGAGGACGAGAAACUGCAGGACAAACUAAAGGACAGCAACAAGGAGAACAAAGAAGUAGAAGAAACGCCAAACAACGUAGAGAAGAGGGAAAGCGAGACAGCACUUGGGAGCAGGAGGACCCUACCAAAGCAGAAGGAAAAGGGAGCUAAGAAGGAAGAAGAGUCCGACGGGGAAUCUGACGAAGAAGAGGAGAGGAGGGAAGAACUCGAGAACCGAGGAGAAUCGGAAGGAGAGGAGGGCGAGGAAGAUUCAGAGCCGUGCCUGACGGGAACCAAAGUGAAAGUAAAAUACGGCCGUGGGAAGACUCAGAAGAUUUAUGAAGCUAGCAUCAAAAGCACGGAAAACGAUGACGGCGAGAUUUUGUAUCUGGUGCAUUACUACGGCUGGAAUGUGAGGUAUGACGAGUGGGUGAAAGCCGAUAGGAUCAUUUGGCCUGUGGAGAAGGGAGGACCAAAGAAGAAGCAGAAGAAAAAAGCAAAGAGUAAAGAAGAUGCAGAAAAAGACGAAAAGAAAGAAGAGGAGAAGCAAAGAGCGAAACGUGGGCGCCCUCCUCUGAAAUCCACCCUGCUUUCCAAUCUGUCCUGCGGUCUGCCCAAGACCCCAAACAGCGAAAGUAGACCAGGGUCCCGAAGCGCACGCAGCGGCUUGCCAGAUUGCUGCCCCCUGCCUAAUGGGACAGAAGGAAUGUCCCGCAGGCAAACAAGACGCAGCUCAGGAAUGUUGGAUUCCGACAGAGGGUCCAAUGACUCCGUCUCGUCCGACAGCGAUGCAGACGAAGCUUCCGAAAAGACUACAAAUGAAGACUUUUCUCCAACAAGUUCCGAACUCGAGAAAGACGAAAAAAGAACAGUUGACAGAUCUGAUGAAGAAACCCCAAAGAUCUCGCACGUUUUGAAGGAAAGCGACAGGAAUCAAGUCCACCCUUUAGAAGCUUUGAAGCUAGAAGUUGAAGAGAGCGAACAGGUAGUUCAGAUUUUUGCGAACAAAAGUGACCAAAUGGAAGAAAUGAAGAAAGAUUUGGACAGAUCGCCCAAAGGGAAAGGGCGAAGGAGCAGAGCAAGAGACUCCACUCUUGAGAAUGUAAAGAUGGCGCCACUAAAUCAGGAUGAGGCCCCAAGCGAACAAGUCACAGAGUCUGAAAGACUAGAUACAUCUUCUUUGGACAGUAAAAGUUUAAGCGCCACUUCUGUGACUGAAACAGACCUUUUCACAAAAGAAAAGAAGCUUUUCAAAAGAAAAGCGGGAGACCAGUCGUCGCCUGACAAAAGGGGGCGCCUGGAGGGCGAGAUGGAUGUGCCAAAUAUUGCGUCUGAGGGGAGGGCGAAUAAGUGUUCAGGGACAGAAGAAUGUAAAGAUUUCAGUGCCGACGACUGCCUCAGAAACGAAAACGAGGAGAUGCCAUCCUUGGUGGCAGAGUCAGAUCAGCGUCUCCAAGCUCGGGGAGGUGACCGUUUUGAAUGUUCUUCUGAGGGAAACUGCCGCACCCCGCUGAAAGACGAGGAGGACUCGAUGCCUCAGAUUGGGCCCGAGACGCUCCUUUGCCACGAAGUGGACUUGGACGACGUCGACGAAAAGGAGAAGGGCGGCUCCGACAACCUGGUGGUGGAAAAACAAGACCCCAGCAAUCCCGCUUCGAACCCACCCGCCUUACCCCCCGCCGUUCAGCCAAACUUCUCCGUGGCCUCUCCCCUAGCCCUCAGUCAGGACGAAUCGCAGAGCGUGAAGAGCGAGAGCGACGUCACCAUCGAGGUGGACAGCGUGGCCGAAGAGUCCCAAGAAGGGCUCUGCGAAAGCGAGUCGGCCAACGGGUUUGAAGCCUGCACCACGUCGAGCAACGGCAGCAUCGCAGCCCCAGAGAGGGAGAUUGGAGAGAAGGGUCAGAAGAGGCCCUGUGACAGCAGCAACUCCUCCCUGGCCAAGAAACAAAAGCGUACCCCAAAGCGAGCCAGCACUGUAGCCAAAAACGAGAAGAACGGGACAGGACAAAGCAGCGAUAGCGAAGAUCUUCCUGCCCUGGAUACCUCAAGCAAAUGUACUCCUGUAAAACACAUUGGCCUGUCGAAGCCACAGAAGCUCACUCGGUCGCCUGCAAGGAUGAUAUCCCCGAACAUCAAAGAUGGCGAGAAGGACAAGCAGAGAGAGAAAAACCAUCAAAAUGUUUCCCCCAGGGUGUACAAGUGGAGCUUCCAACUCAAUGAAUUGGACAACAUGAACAGCACAGAGAGGAUCUCCUUUUUACAGGAGAAACUGCAGGAAAUCAGGAAAUACUACAUGUCUCUGAAGUCUGAAGUCGCCACCAUAGACAGGAGAAGAAAACGGUUGAAAAAGAAAGACCGAGAAGUGUCUCACGCAGGAGCUUCCAUGUCCUCGGCUUCCUCAGACACUGGAAUGAGCCCAUCGUCGUCCUCUCCGCCCCAGAAUGUGCUUGCAGUUGAAUGCAGGUGAUACCGGACUCCUCUGCCUUGUACAGCGAGUGGCUGUCACGGACAAAAAUCCCGAAAAUACCAUAGAAAAGCACUCAGCUGGUUUGACAUUGCCAAGUAUAUUCUGUGUACUCUUCCACUGCUGGACUGUGUUGGUCUCUCCUCUUCGCGCCCCCUCCUCCUUCCUUCCUUCCUUCCUUCCUUCUUCUUUUUUUGGUCACUGUGGAUAUAUAUAUUUUUUUAAUUUUUAAUCUUGUAUUGUGGAGAUUAAUUAAGCUAAAUUGGCAACAGGAGGUUCAUAGGUGCACUUGGACACCUCAGUCUUUGUGCUUGUUUUGUUUUGUUUUGGCUGUUGAAACAACAAAAAGGGCACUUAAUCAAAUCGGGGGAAAUGGAUGUCCAAUGAAGCAUUUGGGUGUUAACAAGGAAAUUACUCUUUUAAAAAGAAGAAAAAAAAAAACAAGUGCACCAUAUAGGCAUCAAAAUAGGUUCUGUCAGAAAAAAUGGAUUUACUGUUGCACUUUUUUUCACCGAUCUGUAUCUUAAAUUCAUGGGGGAGACUCGCCC